AUGACCUCCACCUUCGCUGCGCAGCUGCGCACCAUAGCCGCGAACUCUACGAGCGAACUCGAUCUUCGGGCCCGACGAGAUGCACAUGCCGAUUCUCUCAUUUUCGACCGUAGUGUUGCCGUCAAGCAAGAUUGGGAGACGAUAUAUCAAAUAUGCGUGGAAGGUUUCCAAGAGCUUUGCCUGCUGGACGAUAGACUGUACGAAUUCGAACACAACCUCUUCAGUGCCCAGUCCAAGACGCAGGACAGAGAGCAACUCAGCAAGCCACAAAAUGAAGCGCUGGGGCUCGUGUUGGAUCGCUGCCUUAGCCUCCUUGGAUCUAAGGUGGUCCUUCGCCCUGGCUUGAAAGCAGUGGAAUGGCUCGUGCGAAGAUUUCGCGUCCAUGUCUACAACACGGAUUUUCUUCUCGCCACAUUUUUACCGUACCAUGAAACAUCAGUGUUUCGGAUUAUAUUGAGCAUCAUUCCCAUCGACAAGCUUGUCAAUGGGUGGAAAUUUCUGGCGCCAUAUCACAGAGAAGCAGCCAUUGUUCCUCGACAUACUGUCAUUUACAGCGCCACUCACAACGAAGUGUUUUUCUCCUUCUUCAACGACUACACCUUAAAUGCGUGCCAGGAAGGUGCCGCUCACUCACAGCUCUUACGGUUCUGGGGCAGCGUUGUGGUCGAAGCCAUUACUGGAAGAUUGAGCCAGGUCAGAAAUGGGAGAAAGGAAGUGCAGAGACAGCGGACGGAAGAUGCUUUGAUGAAGAUUCUACCGCUGCUCAAUGAAGCGUUUGAAAUCAAAGACAUCCCAGAACUUACGCUCACUUGUUUCACGAUUGUCCUCGUGUUGGCCGGCAGCGCAGAUGUCGAAGACCAUGUCAUUGACUCCUUGAUGAAGUCGAUUGCGCCAUUCGUCGCCGACGAAGCAUCUAUUUCUAGGUCAGCUUUGGCAUGUUUAGCUAUUCUGGUCACAAAGAAGACCGACAUGAGAGUUCCAAGAGAUGUUCUAGACAUAUUCAUCGGCACCGACGAUUUAGGGUGGCGGCUAUCCGAACUACUGAAGCUGGUACCCUUGGCGUCGUUGUUCGAGGCCAUGAUCAGCUCAGGGCUCUCCGGGUUGAAGGAAAAGAACGUACACAAAAGAGUGCAGUUCGUCGAACGUAUAUUUGACACUGCUGAAGACCACUUCGCAUCAUCAACAAAAAGUCGGCUCAUUGCCAUUUUGCUUCGAAAGCUUUCUUCGACAGAUGCCGCAUUUCCACCCGAGUCGACUUGUUGGACACGGCUAGUACGCUUGCUCCAGACGUUGGCUAGUUCUUCCAAGUUCUCGGCGUCUUUGCCUCAGGCGAUAUCUUUAGCCGGCCGCUCUCAGUCGGAGGUAGAAGAUCUUCUGCAGCAGACCAUCCAACACUCCGAGCGACCACUCAUUGAACACACGCCUAUGGAACUUGACCUUCCCGACGACGAGUCAAUGCAGAGCUCAGAGGGGGCCGAGGCGAUGCUUGCAUCCUUGCCUUCCGAGACUAUUGAGUCGUCGUUCCUCAUUGUUGGGAAUCGCUCCCUGCUGUUCGACCGACUUGCGCGAACUUUCGCUCUAUGCCACAAGGACCGGCGGCUCUUGGAACGAUUUGAACAACUUCCACUGUGGCACAAGCAAGAAGGAAAGAAUUCUAAUUUGCAUACCAGCUUCCUAUUGAGAGUGGCCCUGGGACCUUUCCCCCCCGCUCAUCGCAGUGCUUCUCUUCAAAUUUUCUCAGAAGUCAUCGAAAAAGGAUUACUGGACCAUUCGGAGGCGCUGAUUCCUUACAUCACUGUCCUGCUUUCGGACAAUAGCCAGCCCGUACGGCGAGCAGCCGUCGCCUGUACAGUGACUAUUCAUAAGGUUGUCUCAAAAGAAGGGAGCAGUGAUCAAGACCCGGUCCAAACAGUGUACGAUGCAUUUGGUAUGCGAAACGUCAAACCCUUAUUGUCCACACAAGCAGCGAAGAUUCUUGCUCAAGCCUACUUGCCUUAUUUGGAAGAAUGCAUCUUGGAUCCCUCCUACAUACGCAGAGUUCUUCAAACUGCCUUUGACAGGCAUGACCGAACGCCCUCAGCAAAAGCUGGCGACGUUGAACUUAAGAAGAGCAUGAAGCAUGCGCUCUAUGAUCUUUUGACUGGCUGUGCGCUAGGUUGUCCUUUGCUACGAGUCAAGAUAGGUAUCCUCGACCUGCUCGUCGACGUCCACAAACUUGGUACCUCAAGCACCAGUAAAACCCUGCUGCCCAUUCUCGAGGCCUGGGCCCCACUGAAAGAAGAUGAUGCUGCAGAUGCCGCCUCAUCAGAGGGACUUGUCUUGGAUCAAAUUGAUGCUGUGAUGGUUCGCCUGGUAAAUGCACGGGACAAGGAGGCGGUUGAGCAUAUUCUUACAAUGCUGGUCGAAGAUAAAGUCCAGCCGCGCACUGCUCUUGUCAACGCCUUUUUCGAUAGAAUUGCUGCUAUCUGGAAGGAUAUGCAUAACGAUUCACAGAUCUCGGCUGCUCUGCGCUUAUUUGACAUGUCCUUCUCUAGAGUGACAGUUCAAGCUGCUGGAAGUCGCCGCGUUCUACACACGGUCAACCUCUCGACCGAGAUUCUCGCUGCGAUACUCGACCACUCAUUUGCCGGUCUCGCCGAGAUGCAAAGAGAUGUCCCACCCAGAAAAAGACGUCGUGUCAGCCAUGGGCGUGAAAGCAUACCAACGGAUCUGGCAAUUGAGUUGGAUAUCAGCGAGGCAAGAUUGACGCUUGCGCUGGAGCUCGUCGAAGAUUCCAAACCGCAAAACCACCCACAACUGCUGGGAGGCUUGUUCGAGAUGUUGAUCAUCCUCCGACGGCUCAAGGACAAGGGCACGUCCGAAUCUCCUUACCUUCUCAACCUCUGCCUCAGCAGCAUAUUAGCCAUCGUUGACAACGCAAGACUGUCACAAAGGCCUACCAUCGACUUCUCAAGCAUUCGUACCGAUCUGGUCACCGAUUGUGUUCGAUCCUCGGAAAACCCACAGGUCCAAAGCACUGCCCUGCUUCUCUCUUCCUCGCUGGCGUCUUUGGCUCCAGAUCGGAUAUUGCACAGCAUUAUGCCCAUCUUCACAUUCAUGGGUAAAAGCAUAUUAUCCAAGGACGACGAGCGCUCAAUUUACGUGACGAAUCGAGCUAUCGACGAAAUAAUCCCUCCUCUGGUUGCCACGUUGAAAAAGCAAGACGCCAAAAAGCUUGUUCAUUCGACUUCAAGCUUGCUCUCCAGCUUCGUCACGGCAUACGACCACGUCCCCCAAUAUCGGAGAGCCGCAUUUUACCAGCGGCUGCUCAGCAGACUUGGUGCGGACGACUUCGCGUUUGCAGUCAUUGCCCUUCUUGCGUCGAGGCGGCAUCCAGAGGAUAUGUCUUCGUUCUUUGCCAGCUUGAUGGCUGACCUUCCGGCAUCGACUCAGCUGCUGACUUUUAGAAAACUUAUCGGGUUAAGUAUUGACAUCUUCUCUGAGGAUCCCCACGACGCCGUUCCACUACUAGACAUCAGCCGGACGAGCUCGAAUGAGAAGGGAGAGCAAGAAGCACUGAUCCUCCUUGAAGUGGCUUCGAAGCUCCUCGAGCCAAAGAGUCUGAAGACGCAGGUGCAGAGACUUUCAAAAUCCGACGAAGCCGAAAAUAAGACCUUCUGGGCCGAGUUCAAAGUCUGCAUCACCCGUAUCCUGAGCAUGCUCAGAUCCCAGAAGUCCGACGGCCACAGCAAUUUGACUCCGUCGACGAGGAAGUGUUUGAGCUCGCUCCUUGAACUACCUUCGCUCGCCGACCUACUCAAGCUCAUGCCCAAUCUACUGCACGACAUGGUCCAGUCCGGAGAAGGUGGUCAGCGGGAACUUCAACCCCUGGCGCUCAGAGUUCUUGCGACACAACUGCAACAUAGUGCUCCAAGCUCAAGGGAUACCAGGACACAGGCCGAGGCGAUUAACUUUCUCCCUACCCUCCAGCACAUUAUCCGCACCACGAAUGACGAGGCUUUCAGGCAUGCGGCGAUUGCAUGUCUCGAUCGCAUAAUUGAGGUCUACGGACGAAAGAAACCCGAAGACGUCAUCAGCGCAUCCUCCGCCUUGAUCGCGAGCGACUCCGGGCUGGAUUCCCAGAAUGAAAGGACAAGGAUUAUGUCUCUGCUCUGCCUUGCCAGUACGACAGAGGUGCUCAAGGAAGGGGCAGUCCCGAUCGUGGUGCAAGCUCUCCCUAAAGUGUUGCAUCUCCUAAAGUCGUUCUUGACGCCGCGACAGGGGCCCGGAAACAGUACCACCAGGGAAGAAGGGCGCACGGGCGUGGAACUUCACGACGCUGGCUUCACACUCCUUUCCUCCUUUGUCACGCACACCCCUUACAUGAUCGAUGACGAAAGUGUGGCUGAAAUCCUCGCUCUGUCCUACCGUUCGUGCAUCGCGGGACCAGACGAGGCCGCGUCGCGCAAGGAGGCCCGACUUGAGAUGCUGAGCCUCAUGGCGCAGCGAUUGGAUCUGGGAGUGGUCGUGAGCAGCUUGAACAGCGCCUGGAAAUUGACCGUGGUGGCCUCGUUCUCAGGCGACAAGCUCAAGAUCGACGGAGAAGCGAUCGCCGAGUAUCUGGAUAUGCUUUCGCAGGCGAUUGAGCGGAACAAGAAAUCCACCGUCGUGGGUACCGCGGAUGAGAUCUCGGCUUUCAUAUUGAAGGUCUUGGACCUGCGGCGGCUCAGUCAAGACAAGAGAGACAACCGUGCAGAUCAAGCGGCGCGUGUUGCAUCGGACGUUGAGAAUGUGGAAAAGAGGUUGCACGAGUUGGGGAUCGUGUUCAUCUACAAACUCAACGACACGACCUUCCGACCCAUCUUUGAGGGAUGGGUCGAGUGGGCAACCAAAACAAGUCCUCUUGAGGCUUCCUCUUCUACCAAAGGGGACUUGCAGAUGGCGCGACAAACCAGCUUCUACCUCUUCGCCACGCACUUCUUUGCCACGCUGAAGAGUAUCGUGACGAGCUACGCGAGCUACCUCCUCCCGUCGGUCAACGACGUUUUGCAGUCCGCGGCCAACAAUAGUGUCCCUGCAACAAAGUCGACCUCCAACUCGGCAGACGCAGACCGAAACGCCGGUGGCCACAACCUUGACCUGUCCUCUGACAGUGGGCUAGAGCUGUACAAAUCAACCCUGUCUCUAAUAACGACAAUCGCAACCCACGACGCCGACGGAUUCUUCACUUCUCCUUCGCAUUUCCAGCCCUUAGCGGAUCUCCUCGUCGGACAAUUCGGUCUCCUCGCCUCGUCCCCCCACCGAUCCAAAUCCAGCAUACCCAAGAGCAACAAACACAGACACAAAUCCAAACCCUCACCUUCAUCUCUCCACACCACGGUUCUGGACAGUGUGAUGGCAUGCAUCAUCUCCCUCGCGACCGCCGUCCAAGACGUGCCCUCGCACCACCACGCUUUGAACCACCAGCUGUGUCAACUGCGCCGGAGUCCCUUUGCGGGCGUGCGCCUGGCCAGUAUUCGCGCGCAGAUCGCACUGACACAGUCGCAACAUGUCGGGGACGAGUGGUUGCAGAACGUCGUCUUGGGCGGCGGGCAGUCCGCGGCGGCGGCGGCAGAGGCUGGUGCGGGUGGCGUCGCGGUCGGUGGCGCCGGCGAGACUAUGAUUUACGUUAAUGAGAUGCUCGAGGAUGAUGAUGAGAAUGUCGAGGAUAGCGUGAGGGACUGGGUCGUCAUGGUCAGGGAGAGGGUCGGGGAGGAUGUUUUUGAAUUCUAG